CCCCCCCCCCCCCCACCAUGCCUACUCAAAACCAUGCAUGAAAGACAACACACACAAUGCACAUACAAAGUGCGUUGUUAGAUUAAGUGCCAUGGUGGUUUAGGAUACAUAACACCUCAAUCUACAAUGAAUUUGCCGUGCAGGUGGGAGAUCCUCCUUAUGAGCAUGUGGAUACAAGUGGGCUUUGUCCCUGGGAUACAUUGCAAGGACGGAAUUGUCAGACAUCUGUCAAUGGAAGAUGUUUUGCUAUUAAAGGACGAGCAGGAUCCUAAAUGUUUCACCCGCACAGAACAGGAUUUUACCUGCUUCUUUGAGACUGUGGAUAACAGAACUUAUGAUUUACUCUACAAGUUUGAAAGUCUGCCCGGAGAGAAAAGGUGUGAAAUGUCUGUCCAGACUACAGAAGUUGGAAAUUCACUCCAUAUCUGCUCAUUUCCUGGGUCUGAUGUUUUCUCGUUUGUGGAAAUACAUCUUGAAGUGGUGGAGCGCAACACCAACACCAGUCUCUACAGUCGCACUGUCUGUGUGGAGGAGCACUUUCUCCUGGAUCCACCCUUCAGUGUGUUUUUACACCACAAUGGUCAAGCAGGACAGCUGCAAGUUUCAUGGCACACAAAGGUCUCGAAAUACUGUAAAGAUGAUGUGAUGUAUCGGAUCCGAUACUCAUCCAAAGGGUUGGGAGAGAAGAUAAAAGAGACAAAAGAGGGCAGCAUACUAGACUCUCUGGUACCAGGGGAGGAGGUUGAAGUCCAGGUCACCGUCAGAUGUGCCUUAAAUCCAAACGUAGGACACUGGAGCAGCUGGUCACACCCUGUGCGAGCCGUGGUCCCCCAAAGUGCAGAUGAUAUUUCUCUAAUGUGCUUCACAUCUGACCUGCAAAAUAUCACCUGUCGUUGGCAUGGGAGCCGAUAUGGAGAAGAGAACGUGUACACACUUUUGUACAAGAUGUUUCUCAGUGAAGUUGUGGGCUGGACAGAGUGGACAGAGUGUCUCGCUGACAGGGAUGUGACUGAACUGUGCCAUUUCUGUGGAGAGGAGUCUGGAAGAGUCAGAGUCAAGCUUAGCAGCGCUUCAGCUCCACUCAGCAGGACCUUCUAUACUCAAGAAUUCACUCUCAGUAGGAGCGUUCAAACGUCCCCUCCAUGUCAUCUGAAAGGAACAUUUGAGAAAGACAAGUUGUGCUUGAAGUGGGAAGCGCCUCUUCCGUCUCUGUCUUCUCACCUGCAGUAUGAAGUCAGCUACCAGUUCAGAGGGGGGGGAGCCUGGAUUACGAUGUCCCUAAAGGGCCCUGAGACGGGCACGUGUCUAGAGGUUCCAACAGGUAGCCAUUACAGUGUCAAGUUCAGAGCUAAACCGAAUGGGUCCGUUUACUCAGGACUCUGGAGUGACUGGUCAAAUGUGCUUACUGGCGACACCCCUGCUGAUAUCGGCUCAUUGCUCAUGCUGUGUAUACCUGUCUUGAUGCUGACAAUUGCCAUUAUCCUCAUAUCCUUGUUUUCCACGUACCUCAGUAAACUCAAGCUGUAUUUUUGGCCGCCGGUGCCCAACCUUGACAAAGUCCUCCACGGUUUUCUGACAGAGGUCAAUGGGCCGCAAUGGAAUCCUCCGAUAACAGCAAAGCAGUACUCUGAUGAAACCACUUCAUCUGUGGUAGAGAUAAUGUCUGAAGAUGAGGUUUCCCCAUUAGAGAAAGCAUCAGGGGGAUCCUCCAAGCUCCCGUCAUUAGAAAGACAGUUCUGCAGUGGAGAACAGGUCGAUGGAAGCCAAAGGACGGAAGUCUUUCCAGACUAUGUGACUCUGAACAAAGACAGUGUCAUUACUUGCCCAAAAGGAAACAAGUAUGUCUACGAGGAAGUUGGAGAGAAAGAAGACCCGGAGAUGAGUGAUGAGCUCUUCCAAACAUGUCACGGUUCCUGCACUGAUGGCUUUGUCUGUAUCCCGCCCUGCUCAGGCAGUGACUUUCUUAACCAUUCCUACUUGCAUCUGGCGGAGCCUGCAGACGGAUUCGACUGCAAGGUCACUGUUACCAGGGGGCUGGGCAACCUCUAUACUAAUUUCCCCUGUAGCUAAAUGUAGAGAAUCACAACUUCCACUGGUGCAGAAGCUUGAACAAAGGUGUGUUACCAUGUAUUCAUAGUAUAAUAAUGGGGAUUAGUUGUAAUCAUGGCAUACUCUCUUCCAUCAUUACAGUCUCUCUGAAAAGGUGGACAAAUCAACAUUUGAGAACAAGAACAUAACUUUUCUAUGACAGUUCAAGCUUUUGGUUAAAAUGUUGUUGACGAUAAUUAGGCAUGCUAUAUUGUAAUAUAACUUUUAUAUUGGUAAUUGUAUAUACAGGUCUCUACACUGCUGUCUUUUUAUGUCCACAAGAGAGAACCAUAGAUGACGAUAUAUUUUGUGAGAAAAAAAGAAAAGGUGUUUUCGGUAGUCAAGAAGACUGCAACUUAUAAGACCUGCUAACACUGAUUACCAGAUGGUAGCCAGCAGUUAGCUUAGCAUAUCUUUUUUUUUUUUACCUUACCAUACCUUUCUUUUGAGAGGAUUAUAUAUUCAAAUGAAAAAUGUUGAUUGUAUUGUCACCUUGUGUCAAGUAUGUGAAAAUAUGAUCAGUUUGAGGUGGAGUGUCACUGCAUCCCAAGUUUUACAUGAGCCAAUUGUAUAUAUGUUAUUACCAUUUCAAAUGAUCUGUUUCCGAAAGACCUCGAUAAUCUUUUCUUUUUUUUCAGAUGUUUUCAAUUUUCUAUUAUUUUUUGACUAACUUUUCAGCUUUUAGUUAAUUAUGCAGGUUUCUAUUUUGACAAUAAACCUUGAAAAGCUGUUUUUGGACUUUCA